AUGUACUUACAGAGCAUGCUGACGAUCUUUCUAUUGGUGGACUUGGUGUACAUGUGCCACCAGGCCUCACCCCAGCCUCUCGUGCUCGCGCGCGGCGUCAGCGCGGAGCGGAGGCAGGACGACGGGAGCGAGCCCGUGUUCCCGGCACAGCCGCCGUCGUGCCCGAUUUGCCAGCAGAACUUUGGGAGCAUCGAUAGCUGCGCGCAGGCGGCGCCGGUGUUGCAGAACUUCUCGAUGAUCAUCUUCAACCCGGGGGCGUUCAUCGACGUUAUCAAGUGCGCCUGUGCGGACACCUUCCAGAGUGCAUACCCGCAAUGCGUCGACUGCUUCAUCAAGACGAACCAGACGUCGUUCCUGGACUCUGACUCGGCGAAUCUCCCGGGAAUCGUCGACGGCAUGCGCAAGAUCUGCGCCCUCGAGAGCACGCUCCUUGGCAAUGUCUCGAAUUCGGAUGGCGAGACGACCCCCACCUCCAGCGCAGCUGCGGCCACCGCGACGACGGCGAACGGUGCUUCCUCGCUUUCGUCGUCGUGGUCAUGGUCGGCCGUCGCCGUCGCUGUUUUGUCGAGCUUCGUCGCUGCGCUGCUGUGAUGUCCUUCUUGGUGACUCCGCGGACAAGGACACGGCUCUUGAUGGUCCGUUACGAGAAGUUCGUGCUGUGGAAGGCUUAUUUAUACCCUAUUUUUGGUGUCGCUUGUUGCACCCGCUAACGACCUGUUACGACUAUAAUGACCUUACUUACGACCUGCGAUGUACCUGCUCUAGUAACUAGUGAAACAUUGUCUGCCGCAGCC